AUGAGCAUUGCCAUAGCAACUCUACCUCUCUCAGCAUCUCAACCAAAACACCUUAAAAUCAAAUCCAAUCCUAUUUCUAAGUAUUCUAAGACUAACAACACAUACUUAGUACUAAUCCAAUGUUGUCACAACCAAAAAGAAUCCAUAGAUUCACUUAACAACAACAAUGGACAUGCCAGGUUUCCAGAGAAAAAUCCUCUCAUAAACCCUUUAGUAGCCUCCACUUUUGGUGCAGUACCUCCAAGGCCUAGAAGAAUAAUCCUUGUUAGACAUGGAGAGAGUGAAGGAAACGUGGAUGAGAGUGUUUACACCAGGGUUCCUGAUCCUAAAAUAGGCCUAACCAACAAAGGAAAAGUUCAAGCAGAGGAAUGUGGUCAAAGAAUCAAGAACAUGAUUGAGAAAGAUGGUGAUGAAAAUUGGCAACUCUACUUUUAUGUGUCUCCAUAUAGAAGAACUCUUGAAACUUUGCAAAGCUUAGCUCGUCCUUUUGAACGCUCCAGAAUUGCUGGUUUCAGAGAAGAGCCUCGCAUUCGAGAACAAGAUUUCGGGAAUUUUCAAAAUAGAGAGUUGAUGAAAGUUGAAAAGGCGCAACGAAAUCUUUAUGGUCGAUUCUUUUAUCGAUUUCCUAAUGGAGAAUCAGCGGCUGAUGUAUAUGAUAGAAUCACAGGAUUUAGAGAAACACUUAGAGCAGAUAUUAAUAUCGGACGAUAUCAGCCACCAGGAGAGAAGAAUUUUGACGUGAACUUGGUGAUUGUGUCGCACGGUUUAACUCUUAGAGUUUUUCUCAUGAGGUGGUAUAAGUGGACAGUUGAACAGUUUGAAGGUCUCAAUAACUUUGGAAAUGGAGGUGAGCUUGUCAUGGAAAAGGGCUAUGGUGGAAGGUAUAGUUUACUGAUGCAUCAUGAUGAACAAGAGUUAAGAGAAUUUGGAUUGACGGAUGAAAUGUUGAUUGAUCAAGAAUGGCAUAAAAUUGCAAGGCCUGCUGAACUGAAUUACGAUUGUCCAAUGGUGAAUUCUUUCUUUCCUCAUCUUCAUCAAGAAACAAGCAACGCCCAAAGUUUGUAA